AUGACGCAGGAACCUCUGCAUAUUGUGCCAGAUAACAUUUUGUUACAUUUAUACACGCGAUUUAUUCUUAAUAUCCCUGAUGAGUUAAAAGAAGAUUGUGCAAAGAAUUUCGUGAGAAUCUUUUUUGAAGUUGAACGGGCUCAUUGGUUUUAUGUCGAUUAUUGCAUUGAAGAUCCUUCAGUUGGUGGUGUCGAUAUGUUUGGACUGACGCAACAAUUAUUUGGAAAAUUUCCUUCUAUUGUCCCCAAGGGUAUAAACUGGCAAGAAAAGUUUGUCGAGUGGAAGAAAUAUCGUGGAUCUACAGCUACGGGAAGCAUGAUAAUUAUUGACGAACAUUAUAAGAUGAUCUUAUUAGUCCAAGGAUUUUAUGGUAAUCGCUGGAGCCUUCCUGGUGGCAAAAUUAAUCAAGACGAAUCUCUUGUUGAUUGUGCUUCGCGUGAAGUGAUGGAAGAAACGGGCCUGGACUUGACGAAUCGUAUUUUACCAUUUUUCUAUAUUGAUCGUUAUAUUGGUGGUACUUUAAGACGAGCAUUCAUUGUUGAAGGACUUCCGAGGACUUCUCGAUUGAAGCCUGGUACAAAAAACGAGAUUGAAGCUAUAACUUGGUUUGGGAUUGCUGAUUUGCCGACACAUAUCCAAGAUACUGCUUCUAUUGAGAAAUUGAAUUCAAGACCAAAUAACUUCUACUUGGUGAUUCCAUUUAUUCGACAACUGAGAUCAUACAUAGAACAGCGUUUGUCAGGCAAACCUCCUGCUCUAGCUUUGUGUGAAUCAGAACGUGUUUGCGGUAGUUCUAUGAAUUCUUCUCUCAAUCUUCAACACACUUCAGCAAGCAAUUUGUCAAGUAUGAAAGUAUCAGUUUCUUCUUUAAAUUUCUUUCAUAAAAGUUAUCAAUAA